AUGCGCGGAUUUCAAACUCGACAUUUGAUGGCGAACCGUAAAAGAAACAGGCCAGAGGAUUGGGAGGAUUUGGAGCCAUCUCCAGUUAUUCAUAUACGGGAGUUGCCAGAACAUACUCUCGAGCUGGACUUAAUUAGAGUUUUUGAACAGUUUGGCUCUAUUAGGGAUAUUGCAAUGAUUCCACAUAAAGGUCAAGCACUAAUUGAAUUUGAUGACAUUAACUCAGCAGAAAGAGCUGUUGCAAGAUGUUCAGAGAAUGCCGUGAUGUUUGCUAACCACCGAUUGAAAGUUAACUAUAGUACAUCCAAACGUGUGGUCCACCGACCUCUAGAAAAUGAUAACCAGCACUCCGAAUUGCCUCCCGAAAGCCGUGUACUUAUGUUAACGGUUUACAAUGCUCAAUAUCCUAUCACAGUCGAUGUCAUACAUCAAAUUACAGCCAAACAUGGACGCGUUUUACGCAUUGUCAUUCUCCGUAAAACCCGAAUACAGGCUAUGGUGGAGUUUAAAAAUACGGAAGAGGCCCGGACUGCUAAGCGGCACCUUAAUGGGGCCGACAUAUAUUCUGGCUGCUGUACACUGAAAGUCGAGUUUGCUCGUCCUACACGCUUGACUGUCACUCGUAAUGAUCAAGAUUCAUGGGAUUUUGAAAAUCCAUUAUUACUGUCGACCUCACUUAAUGAAGCUGAUGGGCGUGGAGAUAUUUCUCUAUUAGGACGUUUUGAACGUUCACGUGCUCGACACGAAAGCUCAAGAUCUGUUAAUGGUGGCAACUUUGGCUAUCAUGAUGGUUUCAUAAAGCAAAAUGCUGUCGGGCUUAGUGUCCCACCUGCUUCGUUCUUGGACCAGUUGGCUUUAAAUUACCAUGUAUCGAGGCGUGGUCUCGAUGGAUUGAAUGGUCAACCUUAUGCUAGGGCUGCAACUGCUGUCAUAAUGGUAUAUAACAUGGAUAUGGAUCAUAUGAACUGCGAUCGCUUGUUCAACCUUCUUUGUCUCUAUGGUAAUGUUGUUCGUAUUAAGUUUUUGAGGACUAAAGAAGGAUCAGCUAUGGCGCAAAUGGGCGAUAACGUUAGUGUUGAUCGUGUCAUUACUAACCUGUCAGAAGUCCCAUUGAUGGGAAAUGCAUUGUCGAUUCGUCCAAGCAAACAACAACUUAUCCUGGACGUACCGAAACCUUUUGAAUUACCAGAUGGUACCCCAUCUUUCAAAGACUAUUCAGGGUGUCGUGAAAAUAGAUAUAUAAAUCCAGACAAAGCGAGUAAGAAUAGGAUCUAUCCACCAUCACAUACUCUGCAUUACUGGAAUUGUCCUCCGAGUUAUACCCCAGAGGAACUACGCAAGUUGAUUGUUGAAUGUGGUGCUUCACCACCUCGCCAAAUUGCACCUUUCCCAAGGAUUAGUGAUAGAUCCUCUUCAGGCCUUGUAGAAUGGGGAACAAAAGAUGAAGCAGUUACUGCCCUUGCUUUGUGCAACCAUCAAGCUAUUCCAAACACCGAAGGUCGUUAUCCAUUUCUUCUGAAACUGUCAUUUUCAAGCUCUCCUGUCAAUGAUCGAGCAUUUUCAGGUUCAAAGAAGAUUGGCUCAUCAAAUAUUGGAAAGUCAGCAGCAUCCGUAGACUCUAGCGAGUAUGAAUAGUUAAUGAAUAGGUUAGUUAGUACUUGUUUGAAUUUUUUAAAGUUAAUGGUUUUUUUAUCUAUUUCUUUUUGUUUGUUGUGUCAUUUAUCUCACCGCUUUCCCUGCGUAUAUAAUACAGGUCUAAUAUACUCUUAAAAUCAUGUUAUUAUUUCCUUCGUAACAUCUACUAACGCGGCUCAUUAUACUUUUAUUUAUUUAAAAUGUUUUGGUUUGACUGUUUAGUUAAUUUUCUACUGUAAUUAAAAAAUUACCCUUCACAUCGUCUUUUUACACAAUGCAUUUGUUUUUGGAAGUACAUUUUGAUCAUGUAUCUUUUGUAGCGAUCCAUUUUUCUGAGCUCUAAAUUACACAAGGUCUCAAGUAUUCCUACAUAAACUUAAGUAUCGACGUUUCUUUGCUAAUAAUUUCAGAUAUUUUGUUUCAAGAAGCUUCAAACGCAAUCCUACCUCUUUUUGAGACCUUCCUCCCAAAGCUGCUCGCCAUCAUAAUUUUUUCAUCCAAGUUAAUUUAUGGAUGAUGCGACAUGAAAACUGUUUGUCCGUGGAUCACAUUAGAGUCGUCAAUCGAACUCAUGGUUUAUUAAGUCUACUUCAUUUUCAUAGUAGACAAUGGUAGUUUCUUUUUUUUACUUAAAAGCAGCAUUUGACUUUGUACACCAGAAGGUUAUGCGGCAGUGUCUGUCAUUGAAAGGCGUACCUCAAAAGUACAUGAACAUUGUGAAGGCUCUUUAUUCGAACACUACUAGUCCAGUCACAGCUUAUGGCGAACUGUCAUCUGAUUUUGCAACCUAAAAUGGUGUCCGUCAAGGUUGUCCACUAUUUCCAUUUGUUUAAUUUCAUCAUAGAUAUACUACCGGAAAUGACGUUCACGUCGACUGAAUUUUCACGAAUUAAUCUCCUUCCCGAAGGUCCACCUAUCGACUUAGAAUAUCCAGAUGACAGUUCUGUUUGAUGAAGAUGCUGAUAAGACGCAGAGUGGUUUGGUAGCAUUGAGCAACAAUUCCAGGAUGUUUGGAAUGCAUUUCUCCCUUUCUAAGAGCAAAUUGCUGCUUCAGAACUAGUCUGCGUCAACACCUGAACUAAAGAUAGGGAGUGAAGUAGUCGAACGUGUCGACAACUUCACUUAUCUCGGAAGUCUGAUCAACCCUAAUGGGUUGGUGUCUGACGAAAUCUCUGCACAGAUUCAUGAAGCUCGUUUGGUUUUUGCCAACUUAUGUCACCACCUAUGACGAAGGCGAGAUAUCCGUCUAUCGAUUAGCGGAUGGGUGUACUGUGCAGCAGUUCGUUCUGUGCUACUUUACGGCUGCGAAACGUGGCCAUUAAGAGUAGAAGAUAUUCGCAAUUUACUAGUAUUUGAUCACAGAUAUCUUAGAAAUAUUGCUCGCAUCUGCUAGGAUCAUCGGGUAAGUAAUAGUGGGGUUGGAUUCAGGGUAUUGGGGAAUGAUGGCAAAUCAGUUGAUGAGGUUGUGAAUCUACAUCGACUGAGAUGGUUGAGCCAUGUGUUACGUAUGCCUGAACACCGAUUACCAUGACACGCAGUGCUGAUUAGUGCUACGGUGGUUGGAAGAAAGUUAGGAGUGGCCAAACCAAACAGCCUUGACGGACACCACUUGAAGUUGCAAAAACAGAUGACAGAUCGCCAUAAGCUCUGACUCGACUAGUAGUGUUCGAGUAAAGAGCCUUCACAAGAUUUAUGUACUUAAGAGGUACGCCUUUCAAUGACAGACACUGCCACGGAACCUCACGGUCUACAGAGUCAAAUGCUGCUUUUAAGUCAAGAAAAUUAGGGGUGGUCAAACCAAAACGUGGCAUCAGUGCUUGAAAUCACUAACUUCUAGUCUUAGUCAUGUUGGUAGAUGCAGACCACUUGGUUGGGGUCCGCGUGACUAUCGUAACCAAUGGUUGUAGAGUCUUGGUGAAAUGGCUCAGAAUCUAUCACAGUUUGCGUAGGUAUAUAUACUCUUUGUCUUCCCUUAAACCGUGAGAUUAAAAUGACUUCAUACCUUUCUUUCCAAUAACUAAUUCUUUCUUCCUGUAUUAUAUCCUACGCAAUCUUUCUUUUUAUAUAUUACUAUCAUUGAAGUAACUACGUCUACGGAUCUGGUGCUCAUCUUGUAUUAAUGAGGUGUGGCAACUUGCACCGAUGCAUAUAUGUGCCUGGUCCUACGUUGUUUGACUGACUGUUAGUUGUUAGCCCUUUUGUAGUCUUCCAGUUCCUUCAAACACUUAUUAUUCUUUGUUUUACUUGGUGUUCAUUCUAGUCUGAUACCAAUUUAAAUGCCUAAUGUAAGCUGGUUUAAACAGCUACUUUCGUGCGAAUCAAAAGCUUUUAUUGCCUUAACCACAUGAGGUACAUGCACAAAUUCAUUCAUGUAGAUAUGUCUCCUUGAAAAUCAAGUCAGGCUCUCUACUAAAAGCGUGAACCAGUGAACAUUUCUCCCUUAUUGACUGGCCUUGAAAUGGUACGUCUGACCUAAUCUAUAGCUAUUCCAUACAACAAUAUUGGCACUUCAAAAGCUGUGAUUUUUCUGUACAAUUAACUAUCUUUUGAUGAAUGUGCGAGCGAAACAUUCGUUUUUCUGCUAAAUAAAUGCUCAAUAAAUAUAAGGGGAUAACUGGAAUUACAGGGAAAAAAGUGUAAUAUGAAAUAUAUAAGUUGUCACGCUACCCUAGGUUUUUACAAUGGGAUAACAGUUGCCAAGAAAUAAUCCAGGUUUAAAAAAUGUUUUUGGACACAUAAACAAGGUUCGCACUUUUGAAUACUCAAUACUUCCAUCUGUUCAGCAAUGCACCCUUGAUAAUUCCUACACAUAGAUUUAAAAGCUGUUUUAAUGUCAAUCUUAUAACCUGUUUUAAUUGUUUUGCUACGGGGAGCAUGAUUUUACUCCUGCGUUUAUCGAGGUUUGGGACACUAAUUGAUCAUGAAACAAUUUCAUCAUUAAUUAUUCCUCUCUAUGUAUGUGUUCACACACAUGUUCAUUGGUUAUUGCAUGAGGUGUAAUGUUGUUUAAACUGUGUUGAGGCCUAUCUGAAAUCAUUUGAUUAGUCUACUCAUUUAUAAUCAAUUUUGCAACACUGUAUCUUUUUUUCGAUGGUCGCUUUCAGUCUCUGCCUCAAAAUCAUGCUGUUUGAUUCUUCUUUAUAAACUUUGAAGAACAUCUGUUUGAUGUCAUUUUUUCAGCCAUCCAUUUUAUAUCCUCUUCAAUCGUGUCUAUAUUUCAGAUCCGUUGAAUCUUAUUGUAUUUUCGAAUCGCAUGUAUGUGAAUUCAUACAUGCAGAAGAGCAAUCGGACAGCACCAGUCAAGGAUGAUGAAACAUGUGCCAAAGUGGUUUCAUGAUCAUUUAGUUUCGAACAACUCGAUUAUUUCAGGGAGUGGGAAAUCAUGUUCCUCGAUAACAAGACACAAUUUAUCCUCUUUUUGUUUUGUUGCGAAAAGGGACAACAUGAAGUGGCUUUUUGACACGACUUUCUGCCUUGUAUUCAUUAGAACUGUUUCACUAUUCAGUUGAUCACUUUGUUCAUUCGUGUCACCACGCUAUCGUGUUUGGUAAAUAUCUUAUAAUUAGGCCGUAUUGUUUAUAGAAGAGUUUGCUUUGUGCUAUUUACUCAUCGAUGCAUCUUGUCUCUGGACUAUUGACCAUUUUCUACGUAUUUAUUUGCGUUCAUGAUUAUGUGUACAUUGUUCGACUCAAAACUGUCAUCGAAUAGCACUUCUGUUCAUCUGUAUGCCUAACAACUUUUGUUCAUGAAUGAAUAUCUUUUGAGUUUCACAAUUUCUUUAUUGAUACUGACCUUUUUAAUCCAUACAGUACACAACACACGUUAUGUACAUUACUUCUACUAAUUAAAAACUCCAUUUCCUGUAUAAAUGUUAAAUACAAAUAACGGAUUUCGCCAAUGCAUAUGAAUACAUUUAUGCUAAACCCGCAUAUAAAAAAACAUGCGUUAGGGUCACUACGCUUUCUACUAAAUAUCAAGUGAUUACACAUGUUUAUUCAUCUUAUCUACUAAAUUAAAAACUUGUAAUCGAGUCAAUUUUUUGCAGUCAGAUACUAAUUAAUUUAAUGGAUUUUCGAGUCAGGUUAGCCGAAUUUUAUGAAUUCUUGUAUUAUGACGUAACAGUUCGUGGGUUUUAGUUAAAAUGGACUUUUCAGUGAAUUUUUGUUCACAGUUAUUUCGUAGUAAUAGUUUAAAUCAUUUUCUUUUAGCUAAACAGAAGUGAACUGUUCAUGUUAUCCUAUAUAAGUAACAUUCUUUGAUUAGCUUUCACCUAUGUGUCGUUCUACAGUUUAUUUUUGUUUUUAAUUCAAGUGAAUAUAACAACAUAGGAUUUCUGAAUAUUUGAAGUUCCUUCAAUAAAACUUUUGUGACAGCAGAAUUCACAUUAUCUCCAAUGUGUAGUUUAGUUAGCUAGGUUUCAAUGAGAUUGUUGUUUAAAUUUUAUUCGUAGUUAUGGUACCCUAAUGUUCAUCUUUAAAAACACUAAUAUCGUUCGACCGAAUUCAUUUGAUUAGUUCUUAUUUUUUGAUUGAACCAAGAAUCAAUCAUUCUCUUGUUUUCCUUGCACUUUAUUUAUUUGCCUUCUAUUAACUUCAUUAUUUUCGUAAUCCUUUGCUACUAGUUUUUUGAAACAUAAAUAACAUCUUUCGGUUUCUGUAGAGUUCUACUUGGUCAUAUUUUAACCGGGUUUUUCUGACUAUUCUGUUUACUCGUGGAAUAUGGUUUGAAAUAGUUUUCGGGUUAUGUGGAGUGUUAUGUCAGUAAGCAUAUUGCUAAUAUGUUACAUGAAGUUGUUCAUAUUACAUUGUAAUAACAAUAUUUUAAUUUGACAUUUGAUAUACAUAAUUCUCAAAACAUUUAUUAUAAAUUCAUGGCCAAAUAUCAUAGCAAACUAUACAAGUUAAAAAUAUCCGUGCUCUAAUUGUUCAUUGUUUCCCCCAUCAGACUAUCCGUUCAACAUAACAAACGAACACAGCAUUUGUCAUCAAAAUUUAUUAUCAUAUUCUUCACAUGGUGAUUCCUGUGGUACAACAAUCAACGCAGUCGCACUAUGCAUUCAACUAAAUUACAUAAUCGCAUAUUGAAGCUGAACCACACAUCAAUCUUCAACGUCAAUUUAUUAUUUCAAUUUAUUCAUACUGUCAUUCUUCCCUUUUCUGUUUAAUUAGUCUUCAUAUAUAUCUAUAUCUAUAUAUGCAUCAUUGUCAUUUAUUAAAAUUGGUGUGUCUAUUACUUGUCGCUUGCCUGUUGGCUUUAACUAUUGCUAACUGACACUCAUGAAUAUGGAGAUGGCAUUUUAAAAAAAUUCUAAUACAAUUUUGAUGCUAACUGUUUUCUGUUUAACUGACUGUAUGUUUAUGUGUUCCUGACACCGUUAUUUUAAUGUUUAUUUGCAUGCUAUUUUCGCAUUUAGGACUUAUAAGUGGGUAAAUUUAUUAUGUUUUCGCAGUAAACAUAUAUCCUGAAUAGUUAAUUGUGGGUUUUAUGUCUGGUUUGACUAUUCCUAUUGGUUUUGUUGAUUACAACAUACCAUUAUUUUCGUGAUCAGUGUACUUUGUCAGUUACCAUAUAUAAUUUGCAGGUAUUUUUUGUUUGUGCGUUUUCUUUGACUAUCUCUGAUUGUUCAUACUUUGUUAGUGCAUUUAAAAAUAAUAUACACAAAUAAAAACAUUCCCUUAACAAUCUUACACAGAAAUAAAUGUGAAUGGCUCUUCAUACAUUUUACUGUAUAACUGACGACGUUGAUUUCUCAUCUGCUUGAUGCAGAUUUAAAUAAAUAAUGCGGAAGUAAGAUUUUUGAAAAUAAAUAAAAUGGUCACAUUCUAUUGACCAGUUGGGCUUUGUAUGUUUUUAAAUACAUAUAUUUGAUAAAAUCCUCAGAUCAGAAUAUUGCAACAUACUCUCAUCUGAACAUGAUAUAGAUUUUUCUUAUGGACUGAUAUAAUGAAAUCCCAACCUUGAUAUAUUGAACAACAUAUUUUUGUGCAGUAUUCUGCGUUGUAUUAUGGCCGUUUAAUCAUCAGUAUACUUGAUUGCAUUCAUCAUAUUUAACCAUAGAUUAUGUAAUAUUCUUUUGUCUUUUGCAUACUAAAACGACUGUUUUGAUCCAGCAUAAAUUAGGUUAAAAAUAUUCAGUAGGACAAUAAAAUCUCAUUAACAAUUAUAUAUUUGAAUUUAUUUCAACUGAUGUCUGCAGUACAAUUGAGCUGUAUGUGUUGCAUUUAAUAUUCGUGUUUCAGCAUAUAUGUGUAUACAAAUGUGAUACUAUCUCUGCUGAAGUGGGAAUGUGCAGAAGUAUAUGUAAUUUCAGUAUCACUUCCGUAGGUGUUUAGUUUACUGCUUUACUAUUUACAUUUUAAAAUUUUGCCUUCUAUAUUAGGUCACUUUGAUUACCUCAAGUCACUAUUAACAUGUGCGUUUUUUUCUAACACCUAAGCCAACUUUUAGCUAAUCGAAAUCAUUAGGAAUUUUGUUUAUUGCGUAAAAAAUUACCAUAUAUUCUGGAGUUUUUCACCUUGUUUGAUUUUAAUCAUUUUAGACAGUUUCCCUCCGUCUUUAUUUAUUAGUUUCUUCGUGAAUGAAUAAAAAAGAUAUCUUCUGUUUAUGUAAUGAAAGUUUUUCUAGCAUUCAAAUGAUACAUUUUGUCCUAAUAACUUCUUGAAAUUUGUUAGUUUUUUCUGAUUUUAUCUUCAUUGUAUUCAGUUUACAGAGCACGUAGAACUAAAAACACUUCACUUAUUUGUUCUUUAGCAUGACAGAUAUGUGCAUAAUAUAUUUUCAGUAAUUGUAUAUAAUUACAUUAUUUCAUGUACAUGUGGUGAAAAUCAUCCUGUAGUGGUCAAUACAACUGUAUUUCAUUGUCUUUAUGGACACAAACCAAAGAUGAACUUAUUCAGAGUACUUGAAGUUCCACUAUGAUCAAAAUAUUAUGAUUUAUGUUCGAUAUGUGUAGAAAAUUUAGAUGUAUUUACAUUGUCAAAUAUAGUAAAGUAGUGAAAAGCUUUUAGUCGAAGCCUUUUGAAACGCUAAUUUCUUUCAAGUGUAUUAGCAAACAUAAGCUUUUUCUUUAGAUGUGAUAAGCAGAUGUCUAAGUCUUAUAUUCAAUCCUAGAAAGCCGGAAAAAUAUCAGUUAGCGAUUCCUAUUAUUGCCGUUUAUAGUUUAAGGUAUGUUGGUGGUCUUGGCUAUAAUUUUCAUAAUAGCCGUGUUAUUUAAGCAGAAAGUAACGAGUAUGAUUAAAAAUUGGCUUAAUUAACUGGGAUUUUGACCAUCUGCCAUCACACUUCUAAUCC